CGCGCGCAGCAUCAUGGUGAAAUAGGCAAAAGGUGGUUAUAUUUUUAAAGAGGUGCGUUUAGGUUCGGAAAGUAAUAAAUUGGUAAUUUUACCUGAUUUUAAGUAAAUUGUUGGGUUUUUUUUUUGUUUUUUUUUUUUAAGGCAAGUCUUAUUAUUUUAUUACCAUAUCGUUAUUAUCAUUUAACCGACGCCCUGGAUCGCCCAAAAAUGCCCAAUAUCAAGAUCUUCAGCGGCAGCUCUCAUCAGGAUCUCUCCCAGAAGAUAGCGGACCGCCUGGGUCUAGAGCUGGGGAAGGUCGUGACUAAAAAGUUCAGCAACCAAGAAACAUGCGUUGAAAUUGGUGAAAGUGUGCGAGGGGAAGAUGUCUAUAUUGUUCAGAGCGGCUGUGGUGAAAUCAAUGACAAUUUGAUGGAGCUUCUCAUCAUGAUCAAUGCAUGCAAAAUCGCUUCUGCCUCCCGUGUGACCGCAGUCAUCCCCUGCUUCCCAUACGCCCGCCAGGACAAAAAGGACAAGGUGGGGAGUCGAGCUCCCAUCUCUGCUAAGCUGGUUGCUAACAUGCUGUCUGUGUCUGGAGCAGAUCACAUCAUCACUAUGGACUUGCAUGCCUCCCAGAUCCAGGGUUUCUUUGAUAUCCCAGUGGAUAACCUCUAUGCAGAACCAGCAGUGUUGAAAUGGAUCAAAGAAAACAUCCCAGAGUGGAAGAGUUGUACCAUUGUAUCUCCAGAUGCUGGGGGUGCCAAGAGGGUCACUUCCAUUGCUGAUCGUCUAAAUGUAGACUUUGCUCUGAUUCACAAAGAAAGGAAGAAGGCCAAUGAGGUGGACCGUAUGGUUUUAGUAGGCGAUGUAAAGGACCGGGUUGCUAUUUUGGUGGAUGACAUGGCUGACACCUGUGGGACCAUCUGUCAUGCUGCUGACAAGCUUCUGUCUGCAGGUGCCACAAAGGUAUAUGCAAUCCUCACUCAUGGCAUCUUCUCUGGCCCAGCCAUCUCUCGCAUUAACAACGCCUGCUUUGAGGCGGUCGUUGUCACAAAUACCAUCCCACAAGAGGACAAGAUGAAGCAUUGUCCUAAAAUACAGGUUAUAGAUAUAUCCAUGAUUCUGGCAGAAGCAAUCCGCAGGACACACAACGGCGAGUCUGUCUCCUACCUGUUCAGCCAUGUGCCUUUGUAACGCCACUGAGCCCUGGUGCUUCAGUGCAGCCAGUUUUACCAAAAAGGGAACAUUAUUCAUGCAAUGCAAAUCCCUGAAAACCCAAAGAAGACUGCUAUGGGAUUGACUCCAGCUGUCCUGUUUACCUGAUUUUCCCCCGUCCCUUUUUACAGUUGGUGUUCUCAUUCAUUAGAACUGCUUGUCUAGUCAGUCAUGUGAGCUGUGCAGCUUUCCUUACAGAAGCAAUAAAUUGAUGUCUCUCACACUUGGGCACACUAUUGCAGUCAAGAUGACGGAAGUGUGCAGUUUCUGUGGAUGAAGAGCGAGGAUGAAUACAAUUUCUAGAGCUUGCCUUAAGCUGUACCUAAUCCUGUUUUAUCCCUUUUAUUUGAACCAGAUGUUUUAAACUUCAUUUGAAGAAAGGGGAGAGGGUGGGGGCUGGUAAUUUAGUGCAAGUUGAUUGCUUUCUAUAGUUGACGGAACAUGAUAAUUUAAUGCCACCAGGUGGCAGCAACACCAAAAUGUUUGCCUUACUGUUUAAGCAUGUGAAAUAUCAAAUCCUCAAUCUUUAAUAUAUAAAUGGCUUGGUGAUACCCAGUUCCCCAUGGGUGAAGAUGCCCACAUAGAGCUACACAUUGCUUCAGACUCAUGCUGUGUACUAUUACUCUGUCUUACUGUUUGUGUGGUUUACAUGUUGGAUUCAUUUUGUAGUCUCUUUAGAAACUUAGUGGAGGGGCAUGAGGAUUGACUUUAAUGUGAUCAAUGAAGUACUAGUUCCAGUGAUGUACCAAUGUGAGGAAUUGAGCUCCUUGAUGUGUCCCAUACCAAAGGGGCUUUUGGAAUGUACUGCUUUUUUUUUUUUUUUAAUGGAACAUUAAA